CGACAACUGACAGUUUUCUUUUCUUUCGUUUAUGGCCAGUGUGGCUACUUAACAGAUAAAUAUAUUUUAUAUAAAGUGAAACACAAAUUUCACAAUGCAAGUGCCUCCAGUAUUUAUCGAUAUGUCUCUAGAAGACCAGGCCCAAGAACUUAGGGUGUAUUUAAAAAGUCUUGGCGCUGAAAUUUCUGAAGAAAAGUCUGCGAAGGGUAUAGAAGAUGAUUUACAUAAAAUUAUUGGAGUAUGUGAUUCGUGUUUUAAAGAAGGCCAAGAAAAUGAUGUGGAAAUGGUGUUAAAUGACAUAGUUUCCAUAAUGGUUUUGAUUCCAUUGGAAAGAUCAGAAAACAUCAUCCUGGCCUUUUGUGAAAAACUCACAAAAGCACAGGGCCAAAAAUUAGGUUUAGUAUGUCUCAGAGCAUUAUGGUUACUCUUCCAAUCAUUGGAUGACCGUUCUCCAAUGCGUUAUCCUGUAUAUUACCAUUUAAUACAAAUUGCGAAACAAACAGAAUCUGUAAAAUUAGUGUUUCAAGAUAUCAACCAUCUAAAGCAACAGUUUGCUAAUUGCCUUCCAUCUAAUGAACAGCUUCAAAAGCUUUACAGGCUUUUGCAUGAAGUACUGGUUAAAUCAAAUCAAAGUGAACAGGCUGCUUUAGUAAUGAUUGAACUUCUUGGUACAUACACUGACAAAAAUGCUUCACAUGCUAGAGAAGAUGCCAUUCGUUGCAUUGUAUCAGCAUUAGCUGAUCCUAACACAUUCCUUCUUGAUCCAUUAUUAUCACUAAAACCUGUCAGAUUUUUGGAGGGUGAUUUAAUACAUGACCUUUUAAACAUUUUUGUUAGUGAAAAUUUGUCCACCUAUCUCAAGUUUUACAAGGAACAUAAGGAAUUUGUGAGUGCACAAGGAUUAAAUCAUGAACAGAAUAUGCAAAAAAUGAGACUGCUUUCCUUCAUGCAGCUUGCUGAGAGUAAUCCUGAAAUAUCUUUUGAUGUUAUUGAAAAGGAGUUACAGAUGAAACCAGACGAAGUUGAAAGCUUUAUUAUUGAAGUAUUAAAAACCAAGUUAGUUCGUGCAAGGAUGGAUCAAUCUUCCCGAAAAGUUUUUGUGUCCAGCACAAUGCACAGAACUUUUGGAAGGGCACAAUGGCAACAACUGCGGGACCUACUGCACUCUUGGAGGGGAAAUCUAAGUUCUGUUCAAGAGGGUAUGAAGACUAUUGCCGCUGCUCAGCUAGAACUUAUGAACCAACAACAGUAAUGCUAAGUUUUCAUAACUUGUAAUAAAAUGUUGAGAAAUU